AUGGAGGAGAGAGGAAACGAGAGAUGGAGCGCUGCGAUCGCCAAUCUAUCCGAGAUAUCUAACAAUCUUGAUUCCCUCGAGAAUUUACUCAUCAAGAAAGCUGUCUACGUCGAUGAAGAUACUUUCAACAAAGCCUCCUUAACCUCCGAUCAAGCCCGUACUAUCAAGGUUCUUGAACAAAGGGUAGAGACUUUAGAAAGAGAACUGGAUGCUGCCAUUUCAGCUGCAGCUCGUGCUCGUACAGAAAAACGACAUGCUGAAGCAGGUCAAAAGGCUGCUGAGUUAAGAGCACAAGAAAUCACCAAGGAGCUUGAGAAUACCACAAAAGUGUUUGAAUUGCACAUGGAAGAGUUAAGAGCAAAACAAGAUGAGAUUUUGAAACGGGAUAAUGAGAUUAAACUUCUAGAAGCUAUAAUUCAGACACUUGGAGGAAAAGACUCAUCUUAACUCUCUAGCAGGUAAGAAAUAAUAAUAAUAAUAAUAAUUUCUUUUUUCUGUUUGUAACACCAACACUCUGAUCUUUGUUAAAUUGACAUCCCAGUAUAUAUAAAGAUAGUAUUGUUAUCUUAAUAAAGAAAAUCAAACAGGACUUAAUAAUUUCUUUUAAAACAUAAUGAUUAUACUGUUAUAGAACUAGUAACAUUUAUCACCUUAGCAAAACUAUGCUAUAAUCUGCAGAUAGUAAUGUGAUGACAAGAUUGCCC